AUGAGGUCCUCGGUUGUUACUAGUGGCCUCAAUUCACUACGGUCAGUUGGCUCACGACCAACAGCUGUAUUCCAGGGACCAUGGAUGGCAACAGCCAUUCCCAGACCGGCCUUGCCGUCAAUGGAGCAGGCCCGAACUGGCGCUACGCUGGUAGACUCGCCGACGGCGGCCCACGAGCAACCCGAGGUUGUCGAGAACACCGCUAGACAGGCCAAUGCAAAGAAGAUUCUUCAGGAUGCCGUCGCGGCCACAGGUCCGAGGCAAAAUUGGACACGACGGGAGAUUUCUGCCAUUUACUACCAGCCGUUGCUUGAAUUGGCACAUCAAGCUAGCCUUGUCCAUAGACGAUUCCACAGCCCUGGCGAAGUUCAACUCUGCACCUUGAUGAACAUCAAAACUGGCGGCUGCACCGAAGAUUGCUCCUACUGCGCCCAAGCCACCCGUUACCAGAAGGGCACUGGUCUCGAAGCCAAGCGUGUCGAAAGUGUCGAGUCAGUCCUCGCAGCCGCCAGGACCGCCAAGGAUAAUGGUAGCACGCGCUUCUGCAUGGGCGCCGCAUGGCGAGACAUGCGCGGCCGCAAAAACAGCCUCAAGAACAUUACAGAAAUGGUAAAGGGGGUCAAAGCCAUGGGCAUGGAGGUCUGUGUUACGCUUGGCAUGAUUGAUGCCGAGCAGGCGAAGCAGUUGAAGGAAGCUGGACUAACUGCGUACAACCACAAUGUCGAUACGAGUAGAGAGUUCUACCCGUCCAUCAUCACGACGAGAUCGUAUGAUGAGCGUCUCAAGACGCUGGGCAACGUGCGAGAUGCCGGUAUCAAUGUCUGCUCUGGCGGCAUCUUGGGCCUCGGUGAAUCAUCCGAGGACAGAGUCGGUCUGCUUCACACCGUUUCAACAUUGCCAUCGCACCCAGAGAGUUUCCCGGUCAACGCCCUUGUUCCCAUCAAGGGCACGCCGCUAGGAGACACCACCCCGAUUGCCUUUACGAGCAUGCUGAGAACGAUUGCGACGGCGCGCAUCGUCAUGCCUGCGACGAUUAUUCGCAUUGCCGCUGGCCGCAAGACCAUGUCGGAGGAGAAGCAGGCACUGUGCUUCAUGGCGGGUGCCAAUGCCAUUUUCACUGGCGAGAAGAUGUUGACUACCGAUUGCAACGGGUGGGAUGAGGACAGCGCCAUGUUUGGCCGAUGGGGUUUGGAGCCAAUGAAGAGCUUUGACAAGAAGCCCGUCCAAGGUGCUGGUGACAUCGAAGCCGGCAAGAUAUAA